AUGUACGGUGAACAGUACAACUUAUCGACAACACUCAAUAAUCAACCAACUAUUCGCCUUAAUGAUUCGUAUUAUUUGGAUUCGUUACCUUACGCUUCUUACAACACCAAUGCAUAUCCAUUUCGCCAACAAAUCCCAUCGCAGUCAACGUCAUCCAAUGUUUAUUUUUCUUCCCAUCAACAUUCGUUCUCACCAUCAACAUCGCAACUGACACAUCCGGAUUUAACAUCUUAUUCGACAUAUGAUACAACUUAUUUGAAUGCAGCAGUAGCCGCUGCUUAUCAAACGACAUAUCCGAAUCCGUAUCAUCCAAAUACAACGGAUGAUUCAUUUGAUCUUAGUUUUCCUCGGCAUAUUUCUGGAUUUUAUGCAACGAAUCCUGAACAACAGAUAGAUACCACUCAGCCAGAUCGUAAAGUACCCACAUCGGCAAUCCCACCAAGUAGAAAAAGGAAAUUUCAAGAUGAAUCAAUGAAAGUACAAUACGAGUCCGAACGUUGUCGAGUAUGUGAUGAUGUUAGUUCAGGUUACCAUUUUGGUGUCUUCACGUGUGAAGCAUGCAAAGGAUUUUUUCGUCGCUAUUCGAAAAAAGCCACUAUUCUCGAACCGUGUCCUAUUCGAUGUUCAAUCAAUAAGAACAACCGUAAUAAUUGCGCAGCAUGUCGAUUUGACAAAUGCAAAUAUGUCGGUAUGGCUUUGGAUAAAAUUCGUUUCGGUAAACCACCAAAACUGUCUCGUUCUUCAUUUUUGACAUCAGCCGUUAAACUCGAACCGAACAAUAAUGAUUUUCAAUUAAUGCUGAAAUUACUCGAAUGUUAUCAAUCAUUCGAACAAUACGAUCAUCAACCAACCACCAUCGCUCAAUCAUCGAUUAUAUUUGAAUUUUGCCAUCGACUCGCCGAGAUUGUUAUGCCGGAAAACGAACGUGUACCCGAAAGAUUUCUCAUUCGACUGAAACGACACGAAUCGGCAAUAAAAUUUCUGAUUACAGGUGAGAAUGAUCAGCACGUAACAUCGUGGAGUAAAGAACCACAAGCAUGGGUGUUCGCACAUAAUGAACGUUGGCGUUUAAUUAUGAUUCUAUUGAUAUUAGCAUUCGAUGAUGAACAAGUCGGUGGCGGUGCAUUUGUUUCGAUGUCAUCGACGCCAUCAUCAUCUUCCGAUACCGACGAAAACAUCUUUCCUUCGACGAAUGAUACAGUCAUCGAACGAAUACUGCGUUUAUUCGAACUCGAAUGCGAUCAAGAAAAAGAAGCUCGAACAUUCAAUGAAGGAUCCACCUCUUUCAGCACGGUUAAUAGCGAAAAAAACAUUAAAUAUAUGAAAGCUCAAUUCCUCCUACGUUUUGUCGAUAUGAUGACCAAUGAUAUGAUAUCGAAUCGCGACCACCCAUCAACGGUCAACAAUUCUUAUUUAGUUGCAUCUGAACCAUUGUAUCGAAAUAAUCCUGAAAUGAUUUAUUCAUCGGUCUUAGAUGAACUGCAAAUACAACCAAGUGAAACUAGUCAAUCACCUACUAAAAACAUGUAG